CCCGGGCAUGACUGAUAGCAAAACUGACGUUUCUCUUGGGUGAAAUCCUCCAGCCAAGCUGGGCGCUAACCGAGUAGGCGAUUUCACUUCGUCACUUCACAAAAGACUUCCAAAUUCACUGCAGCAGACACUGCAAAAUAAAAAUGUUAAGUACAUCCUAGCUGGGGGGAGACGGAAGCCUUCAUGUUCAAUCAAAGGUUUGCAAUAAUAGGAUUCAUUUAAAAAAAAAAAAAAAAAAAGACAGAUGGGAUUAGGAAAUGUUGCGGUGGAGACGGUCGUGAGAGGCACAGGCAGCCUGCCUUUUGUGGACCUGCACAAUGAUCCCAGAACCAGACUGGCUUAGGAAACUCUGCCACUAGGCUCCAGAGAGAGAGGCCACGGGCUCCCGGACACCCUGCAGGGCAGGAGGCUGAGACCAUGCAUCAAAUCUACAGCUGCAGCGACGAGAAUAUUGAAGUUUUCACCACCGUGAUUCCAUCCAAGGUGUCCAGUCCACCCAGGAGAAGAGUCAAAAGCUCUCAACAUCUCUUGACCAAGAACGUGGUGAUCGAGUCGGACCUGUAUGCGCCAAGACCGCUGGAGCUACUGCCUCAACGCUGCUGUGAGCGACCGCAAACCGGUGACCGCAGGUUUGGCCGGCUGCAAACCGCCCGGCCGCCGCCCGGGACGCAUCCCACCAAAACCCCUGUCAGACCUGUGGGGAUUUCUGAACCCAAAGCUUCGAAUCUAUGUGGGAGUCGAGCAUAUGGAAAAUCAUUGAUUUCUCCAGUGGCCCGCCUCUCAGUGAAAGCUCCAGCCGUGGUGGAGGUGACAGCCAAGGGCUCAGAAAAUGGAGCUGUUCUGGGAAGAGGAUCCAGACACCUCAAGAAGAUAGCAGAAGAGUACCCAACCCUUCCACAGGGAGCCGAAGCCUCCCUGCCAUUGACAGGCAGUGCUUCCUGUGGUGUGCCUGGCAUCCUAAGGAAAAUGUGGACCAGGCACAAGAAGAAGUCUGAAUACGUGGGAGCCACAAACAGCGCCUUUGAAGCUGACUAAAGGUGACCUUUCUUGGGCGCCUUGCACUGGCCAAGGGCCACGGGAGAGAAGAGUUGAGGACUGGGACUGAGCCACCCUCCCCUCUGCCGGUUGUUAGUCCAAACACGUCAUCCUCCCUCACACGCUGGCAUAGGGCAUGGAAGGUAAUGGAGCAAUGUCCUGGGAAGGCAGGACAGCCGUUUCCCAGAACUGCUAAAGCCAUUGGUCUAAAGACUUGUCGGGAGAUCAUAAAGGUUAUACCCCUCUCCUUAGGAAAACUAUGCCAAAAGCAAACCUUCCUGGCCCGUUUGAAAGCCCUCCAAGGAAAACAGAAGGCAGUUGCUCUCUCUCCUCCGUGAGUUUUCCCAAAAUGUAUGAUUUCCAGUGUAAAUGUAAAAGCUUGGUUCUGAGGUACUCCUAACACAACGGUUCUUGCUUGCCCCAUUUCAUGUCUUCUUCGCCUUGAUGAGAUACAAAGCGCUUCAUCUUUCCUUUGUCCUAAUAUCUACUUAACAGCAUCAUCUCUCUGCUUUGCUAACCAUGGGCAUGGUGGCAUGAAUUCUCCAACGUACAGUUUUUCUGUAGAAAAGCACUUAAAACUGCAGCGUUAACUUUAGUGUCUUGUAUAUUUUGUGAAGCAGUGCAAUCAACCAGCUUUGUCAACCCUGAGAGUGUUUUCCCAUUUGUUGCCUCUUCCUAUCAUCGGAAAACCCCUGUUAAGAAAACACUGUCGUUCUCAACUUUCAGAUGGGGGGACUGGGGUGCCUGGAUGUUAUGUGACUAGACAGCAGAUUGUAGGACUGUCACAGACUGGGUCUUAGUUUCUCUCUAAUAACUGAUUUAAGGAAGUUUUUAAAUGGAGAGAAGAAUCCAAUAAAGGUGGAACUAAAAGGUGGUUUGAAUGACAUACAUCAUUAUGUAUUAGAUUUGUAAGAUGGGUGAGAGCAAAGGAUGGAAAUCCCAGCUUCCCAAGAGGGUCAGACAGGAGGACCACAUGUUUGAGACAUGCCUGGGCAGCUUAGCAAGACCCUGUCUCAAAAACCACACACACACACACACACACACACA